AUGAACAAUUUUCAUAAAAAACUUAACGAAGUCGGUUUGCAAACAGACCCUGAUCCAACUGACGCUGCCAUAAUUUCGCUUUUACAAGAAAAAUAUUUGUUCAGAGUUACUUUUCCAACUUUAGGAAAUGAUAAAGUAAAUGAAACAUUGAAAAUUUCUUCUGAUAAUUAUCCUAAUGGCAAUAAACUUCAAAAGUCAAAAGAAUCGUCACCAUUAUUUAACAAUACAACAACGCCUACAACAACAAAAUCAUUACAUAAUAAUGCUGAUAGAACAUUAAACAAUGCAUCACGAAAGGAUUUUAUUGGGUCAAGUUCAUCUGCUACUAGUGCUAAACCAAAUAAUUUAAUAUAUGUUCCUCCUCAAAAACGUGUUGAGAAUUACAAAUAUCAUAAUGAGGAUUCUGUUCCAUUCACUAAACAGCCUGUAAAAGAGAUACAGUUGUAUAAAAUUCCGCAAAGGUCAUCAUCCAAUAAAGAAGAAAAUCAUUCAACUACUAAUAGAAGUGCUUGGAAUGCCGUUCCGCCACAACGACCAAUUAAAAAUGAUGAUUUGGCCAUUGCUGUUCCACCACAACAACCUGUUAGUAGGGGUGGUACUUGGGAUGUUACUACACCACAACAAUCAACUAAAAAAAACGAUUGGGUUGCAUCUGCUCCAUUACAGCAAUCGUCAUCUAUAAUAGAUAGUUGGAAUGCAUAUCCUCAACAACAGCAAUCAGCUGGUGCUGCUUGGAAUGCAUCAACACAACAAUCAACACAGCAAUCAACCAGACAAGUACCAUGGGGUACUGCUACUACUGACAUAGCAGAUAAUUCAAACAAUAAUAAUAGUUGGUUGAAACAAGCAUCUGCAUUUGAGGAAGAACUAGGCACAAAAAAUAUUGCUACUAACAAUGAAAAUACUGAAAAACCACCAAGAGACAAUUAUAAUGAAAAAUAUUCAAAUUACAAUAAUGGCUAUGAAUACCAGGGUUAUGUCAAAAGAGGUUUUUAUAAAUGUGAGGGAACUGGUCAUAGAGUAUUUGAAUGUCCUUAUGAUUCAAUUAAGAGAAUAUCCAAAGAGGAAGCAUGGGAAAAGAUGAUGAAAGCUGAUGCAGAGAAAAAUAUUGAAGAUUUUAAAGAAAUGUUUGAACAUUAUUCCAAAGCAGCACCCAAUGAGACUUUUCAAACAAUCGAGACCAACUUGAGAAAAGCUGGAUGCAAUACAAAAAUAAUAGCUUUGGAACGAGGGGCAAUACCUUUCAGAAAAUGUUUGGUUGAUCUUCAAGGAAACGAAGAAAAAAGAUACUUGGCUGUUUUAACUAUGACAGAUCCAAACAAACUUCCAAAAUCUUCAGGAUAUAGAGCGGAACAGAAUUUCAUGUGGCUUCAAGAUUCAGGUUUUAUGAAAGAUGAUCUUACUUCACUAAUAUGUUAUAAAUGUAAAAAAAAAGGUCACCUUCCAAAAGAUUGUCCCGAACCAAGAAAAGAAUAUAAGCCUACAUUUUUAGCAUGCCAAAAUUGUGAUUCUACUGAACAUAUGACUAAAUAUUGUAAAGAAGAACGUCAUGAUUAUGAAAAUCGAAGAGGUGGUGGUAGACAAUCAGGUGGUAGAGAAUGUUAUAAAUGUGGUUCAUCAGAUCAUCUUUCUCGUGAUUGUAAUAAUAGUGACGGUGGCGGUGGUGGUUUUGGUGAUGAAUCAAAAUCAAAUUCUUACUAUAAUAAUAAUACAAGAAGAGAGUAUGGUGACUAUGGUAAUGGUGGUGGUGGUUUUGAUACUUCAAACGAUUUUGUUAAUAAUGAAGAUGAUUGGAAAAAAACAUUUGAAUCAGCAAAAUAUAAUUGGGGUGUAUCUGAAGAUUUUGUUGAAAAAAAAGCCAACUGGUAG